AUGUUAUCUGCAGAUGAUUUUCAAGUGCGAUGUACGGUUCGCAAGGCCAUUAAUAAUGAGGACGACGACAAGGAGUUUUCCGAACCUGAAGACAUGACUUGUACCAUGCGAGUGUGGCAUGGUCCGAAGAAAAGUAGUCAAGAUGCCGAACUUUUGCUGAAACCAGUGGAACAACGGACCAUGAGUGCCAUGCGAAGUCGAGCGGACGAACUCUCACCCGUCUUGGUGAACAAACGAUUUUCUUCCUUUGGAGAGGGACGCAAUAAUCGAUUUCAAAUGGAACAGGAACAACUGAGUCAAGCUAGUAGCAUUGGAACUGUGAAGCUACCCUUGCAAGAAAUUUUGAUUGUGGAAAAAAAGGGACAAGAAUUGAGUGAUCCUACCAUUCACAUUUUCACCGUUUCGAGUGGGUGUUAUGAAUUUACCUUGAAUGAAAAUGGAAGGGCCAUUCUGCUGGCAUUUCUGCAAGCGAAUUUGCCCAAGGAACGCAUUCGUGGAGGUUUCACGUUACAAAGAACCAAAUCGGAUGUUUCCAGGUAUUCUUGCUCGACCAUUGGGAACAAGACGUUGGAUGUGGAAGCACUGACAUCCAACAAGGUGGCGGAACGAAUUGAAAGUGAAACCAUGUCCGAGAAGCUGGGAACCAAAGUGGGUCGUGCCUUUUCGAGUAUUUUGGAGAUGGUCGAAUGUUCCUGCAUUAGCUGUGGCGGCAGCAGUUCUUCCUCGGUUCAUCCCGAGCCAAUCAAACCAUUGUCGCCAUCGGAUACCAAAGAGAACAAGCCCAAGGCCAAGAAGAUGAAAACUGCCAAGAAGACGAACUUGGAAGACUGUGGAUUUAGUGUCGAAUCGGAACCCAAAAUGGAGUUGGUACGAUAG